AUGGAAGAGAGGCUGAUCAAAGCUAUACGAGAGGACUGUCUACCAGACCAUGAGACCUGCAUGGUGUUUGGAAUACCCCCUGGCCCGCCGGAACUAGAGCGGGCCGUGUACGCGGUUUACCAAUCGGCGGUGAAAACGUUUGGUGUGACACGGGACCAAAUUGUGGAUGCUCACAUGAACAACAUGAUGGACGAGCUCAUACUGAGCAUCCCUGAGGUUCGGGACAGCGCGUAUGGGAGCCUGGUGGUUGCGAAUGGCGGGAUCAGAUUGGAGAGGUUUCCGGGGGUGCCCUAGGCAGCUGUGUUUGAUGAUGAACAGCUCAGAAAAGCGUUUCUGAUGUUUGUUGUGUACAUAAUGUUGUGUACAUAAGGAGUAGGAGCAAUAAGUAAAGAUUCCAUAUCGGGCUGUAAGUUCUGUGCCCCUGUAAAUCUUUGCGACGAUGGCAUGUUCUGCUGUGUUUCCUCCUUGCAGACAUCCGGAUAAGUGUGCAAGAAGCAAAUAGUUCAGGUGUUCAAGGUGCGGAAGGUAACAGCUUCUUAAAGUUAAGAGUACUGGUUCUGACAUAGUAGGGGCCUUUGGUGGCUGUUUAUUUGUCUUAUAUUUAAACGUUCUCCGGCUGAUUUACCAGACGCAGGUGCACUUGAUAAUAUUUAUCUAGUAGUUUGUUCCUCUUGCACCUUGUGAUAGUUUGUCCUAGGAUUAUCAGGUCCACAAGUGGUUGAACUCAACUGAAAGCAAAACCUUCGACGCUAACCUAUCAUUACUGGCUCCUCAACCUUUGCGGAAGUACUACAGUUCACGAGGC